AUGAAAAAGCAACUGAGACAAGCCUUCUCAAUUUUGAGCCAUCAUCCCUUUGAAAAAUCAACAUUGAAUAUCAACAAGAAAUCCUUGCGGGCCGUGGGUAGUGUUGCAUCAGGAUUGCAACAGUCCGAAUAUCAUAACGAUAUCAUCCAUGAAGCUUUGCAACAUUCCGACACAAAAAAUCAUCAUUCUGUACACCAUGCAACAACAGCUCUUGGAAAGAAAACUAAAUUAUCAACAAUCUUUUAUAAUAGAACAAGAGAAGAUUGGCUCAAGUUGUUUAGUGAAAGACAAAAUUAUGGAAUCAUUUCUCACAUGGGUUUUAAAAUUGUGGACGUGCCAAAAGAAGGAGAAUUAAUUGCUGAGCUCACUGCAUCCAUCAAUCAUAUGGCCCCUAAUCAAUACAUGCACGCUGCUUCGAUUGUCUUUUUGGCUGAUACUGCCUGUGGAUUUGGUUGUUAUGCAAAUUUACCAUCCCCACACCACAAGUUUACGACCAUUGAGCUCAAAUCUAAUUUCAUUAGUAGCUCAAAAGUUGGAAAACGAGUCGUUUGUAGAGCGCAAUUAAUCCAUGCUGGAAAAUCCACACAAGUUUGGGACGCUUUGGUGUUUGAGGACGAGCUUGACACUGGAAAAUUAAUGGCAACGUUUAGAUGUACUCAGAUAAUCAUGGAUCCUCGAUCAAAAGAAUAA